CACGUACGUCCCGAAAUCGUUGGCGUGUGCAUGACACGCGACAAUUCUGUGAAAAUUCCGCCCACAGGUUCUUCCCCGUCGUGGAGUCCCACCUGCCUUCACCGGACAUAACUCUUCUCGCUGGAGUCAGCCAGUCGCUGAUGGGUGUGCUUGGUGUCGAUGGUUAGGAUGGGCGUCUUGGGCCUUCUAGAAGUUUUACGGAUCUGAGACGUGGCAUGACUUGUGACCGAGGCAAGGCCAGGAUUUAAACCUCAUCCCGCAAGCCGAUUCAGAAGCCGCGUCUCGGAUUGAAAGCUGGCCGUCAUAGCAGGCACAGACAGUCAGCUUCUCUUAGGGACACAGAAGACAGAGACAGGCACCCAGCUCCAGUGGAAGUGGAAUCGGCGGACUUUUCCAUGCCGCCAUUCUUCUCGAUUCGACUAAUAAUCAGACGCUUCGGUUAGAUAUUAGAGCGGCCAUUUUCAAGCUUCCAUGAAUGUCCCUUAGCAGCUUCAAAGGGAAGCACAUCUCACCAAUUACGACUCGAAGCAGGUUAUUAGGUUGCAAGGAUCAGCAGCAGUAACUCAGGCAGGCUGCAGAGCGCCGUCUGCUGUAAAAAGGGAUUCUGUUAGCGCCGGACUUUGCCCCCCCAGUGGUGGGACGAUGACAUCGCACGGCAAGCUGAGGAAGGAGAGGGGCAGUCUGGCCGAGUAUGAGACCCAGAUCAAAGAGGUGCGCAGCCAGCUGUCAGAGCAGCUGAAGGUCCUGGAGGCGCAGGUGGAGCAGAAGACGCAGCUGCUGCAGGACCUGAGCGACUAUCUGCGCAGGCGUGGCGAGAUCGAGGGGGAGUACGCGCGCUCGCUGGAGAAGCUGACCGAGAGGUUCACCGCCAAGAUCAAGAGGAAGGAGCAGAACGAGCAGUCCGUCGGCCAGUGCUGGUCGGUGCUCCUGACCCAGACCCGGCAGGAGAGCAAGGACCACGGGGCCAUGGGCGAGUACUACAGCAACACCCUGACCCAGCGGCUCUCGCACUGCUUGGAGGACACCCAGCGGCUCGCCAAGCGGAGUAAAGAGGUUGGUCUUCAGGUGCAGGACGAGCUCCUGAAGGUCACCACGGAGCUGCAGACGACUUUGAAGACCUAUCACCAGUACCAUACAGACUGCCUUGCAGCAGAGGGAAAGCUUAAAGAGGUCGCUCGAUUGGAGGAAAGACAGACUGGCAAAUCAGCUGACCUAGGACUGGGCCAAUCGGGGGGCCAGAGGCGGAGCUCUGUGAAAAAAAUGGAAAGACUACUGGAAAAGAGACAAGGGAAGGUGCAGGAGACGCAACUGAAAUGCACUAAAGCCCGCAAUGACUACCUUCUGAACCUGGCUGCGUCCAAUGCCUCCAUGAACAAGUAUUAUCUGGAGGACAUCUGUACCAUUAUUGACUGCACUGACCUGGGCUACCACCUCUCGCUGUCUCGGGUGUUGCGUGGCUUCCUGACCAGCCGGUACCGAGCCCAGCAGAACCUGAAGACGGGACUGCAGCAAUUGGAUGCGGCGGUGACGGCCCUGAACCAGGCCCAGGACAGGGACGCCCUCCUGCAAGCUCACAACACCACCUUCUGCCUGCCCUUCCGCUUCCAGUUCCAGCCACACGAGGGGGACCAGGUGUGUGAGGUGAGCGCAGAGUGCCAGGUUCGCUACGAGCUAGAUACCCGCUUUCAGCAGCUACAGUCCCGGCUCACGUCCAUCACCCUGGAGACCGAAGAGGUUAGCAAAACCCUGCGGGCAACGCAGACCUCACUUCUAGACAGCAUCUGCGACGACGACUGCAACCUUUCGCUUGACCCUUCGGCCUCCCAGCCACAAGAGGUCGCCGGUGAUGGACCUGGGACCAAGCUCAGUUUGGCCAAGCGCCGGGCCAAUCAGCAGGAGACCGAGAUCUUCUAUUUCACGAAAGUAAAAGACUAUCUCAGUGGCAGCUCCCUGAUGUCCAAACUUCAGGCCAAACACGACUUGCUUAAGGAAGCCACUCAGAAAGCUGAAGCAAUCGACAGGGACCCCUCCAGAGGGCACUCCAGUAGGUCAGUGCGUGCGCGGAAGGCUCGACCCUGCUCCCAGUACAACCACAAACUCUUCACGGGAGAGAUACUGUCCUUCAUCCAGAGCACUGGACAGCAGAUCCCCCUGGUGGUAGAAAGCUGCAUCCGAUUCAUCAACCUUCACGGUCUGCACCAUGAGGGAAUCUUCCGGGUGCCCGGCUCUCAGAGCGAGGUGAACCAUAUCAGGGACGCCUUUGAGCGAGGGGAGGACCCCCUGACGGACGGCGAGUGCGACAUCGACUCUGUGGCCGGCGUGCUGAAGCUUUACUUCCGCGGCCUGGAGAAGCCGCUUUUCCCCGAGGAGAGCUUCAGCCAGCUCAUGGACUGCGUCCCAAUCGAGAACGUCAUGGAGAGAGUGGCCCAGAUCAGGCCGGUCAUCCUCACCUACCCCGGACCGGUGGUCGUGGUCAUGAGAUACCUGUUCGCCUUCCUCAAUCACGUGUCGCAGUACAGCGACGAGAACAUGAUGCAACCCUACAACCUGGCGGUGUGCUUCGGGCCCAGUCUGCUGCGCAGCACCGAGAGCAGCGACGCCGUCACCCUGCAGCCGCAGAUCAAUGCGCUGGUGAAGACCCUCAUCGUGCAGCAUGAGAACAUCUUUCCCGCGCAGACCGAGCUGCCGGGGCCCAUCUACGAGAAGUGCAUGGCGCUCGAGCAGGAGUACUGUGAGCCGAUUGUGGAGGAGGGAGACGGGGAUCCUGAGCCGCUGCACAGCGAGGACGAGUGGGACGCCGUGGCCAUAUUCGAUUAUGCCGCCCGCUCAACCUCCGAACUGUCAUUCAAGCAGGGGGACCACCUGAUACUGCACAGCAAGGCCUCAUCUGAUUGGUGGAGGGGUGAAGUGGGUGGGGUCAAGGGCCUCAUCCCGCACAAAUACAUCAGCGUGUCUGAGGGGGUGGAGCGCAAGCUGGAGCGCGGGCGGAGAGAGGAAGGCAAAGGGGGCAGCACGGGAAACCUGGCGGAGGAGCAGCUGAUGGUGGAGCACAGCACCCGCCUCAGGGUGAACAGCGACAGUGCCUCCCUUCCCAACAGGCAGCGUGGUGCGGGUGGGGGUGGGGGGGUCAGCCCCGUGAGGAAGCUGACCCUGCAGCCGCCUGAGGGCCGCAUCAUCAUGCCCCCGCCGUCCCCUGGCCAGGCACGACCCCCCAUGGUGUCCCAGGAAAGGAGAAACACUGUGGGGCAAGUGGGGGCAGAGAGGCAGACACCGAUGGUGGAUAAGGAGGUCAGCCGCCAGAUGAACUCCGUCUUCAAGGAGCUCCUAUCCCGGCAGGUGCCCAUCGAGGCCACUAUCACACCAACGUCACUGCCUGCCUCCUCGUCCGCCCGGCCCAUUACCAAAAAGAGCGGCUUUGGCUUGAGGGGGAGAGGCCUGUUCAAGCCUGCUGACCAGCAGGACUGAUGCAGCGGACGGCCAGCAGGAGGCAGGAGUGGAUCUUGGGAUGAGGGGGACAGCACAGGCACAGGUGGACAACUGCUCUGAAGACACAUAUUUUUGCAGAAUUACGGUCAUGAUGCAUCAUUUCCCGUUCAUGCUCCUUCCCGUGUUCAGUACGACGCUGUGCAGUCCCUGUCGCGUGUACGCCAUCGUCUCUCAGUAGUGCUAUGGUGUGUUGUCAUGAAAAGCUCACCGUCAAAGAGGUUUCUGCUAAGAUCCCUUGAAGGGGCACCUCUUCACGCAGCGCCCUGUCAUGUCCUGUAAUUAUGUAUAUAACUGGAGAGGGAAGCAGGGAAAAAACAGAAGUUCUAAUAAUUGUGAUGAGGGAGCAGUGGGGUUGACUGUUGGUGCGCAUCCGUGUGUCCAUCCUAGCGGGCGAGCAUUUGAGACGAUCACUUGCACGGAUGCAUCGCUGGUGCAAAUCCCAGCUCCAUUUCGCACGGCACAGCUCCAGUAGGAGUCCCUGUACAUUUAGCGGUUCGAUCGGUGUACAGAUAGAUCUGCUGGUUGGGUAAUGCAAUCAAAUGCUGUGCAAGCCUAUUUUAAACCAAUUAACAAGGCUAUUUGGUUUGAAACAGUAAUGUUAGCUCAGGGUGCAGACCAAGGUCUUCUUUCCAACACAAGGGUGACCCCUGACACUGCAGUGAUAACCUGAUUAUAUGUGAAUUGUUAUUUUUUUUGUUCCAUUUAAUGGUAAUUUAAUGUUCUUUUUUUGCUAAGCUUUUGUACCAUUCCCCCAAAAAAACACAGCUCUAGCAAGUAAUGCUGAGCUGUGAUUCCUGUUUAAAGGAUGUUGCUUUGUUUUUUUCCUGGGAUCAUAAAUGAGCUAUAAGUAUGAUAUUUCUGAUUCCAUGAGUAUCAUAUUAUAAAUAUGAAAUUUAUUUUGUUACAAAAAUAAUACUGUGACUCUGAAUCCAGUAAUCUUUUAUUUAACAGAACGGGAGCAUCGCUUGAUAAAAAUAAAAUCCAAUAUUGUUUUUUUUUUUUUUUGCAUUUUUUUGCAUAAGUAAUGGUGAAAACUUUGCAAUCCUUAAAGCAAUCAAUCAAAUACAAAGUCCUGAAAUGUACAGUGCAGAUAACGGGCAGGAUUUCUCUUGAAACUGCACAGGACACUUCAAUUGAUUUAAUUGAUAAGCUGUCAUGGUAUCUGUCCUGUAUUCUGCUUUAAUGUGUAGCCUACAAAAAAAACAGAUGAAUUUGACCCAAAAGUGAAAGUUAACGACAAAGUAAAAUGUGGUCCAGUUUGUCAUAAAACAAUGGAACUAUCCCUUUAAGAAUGAACUUUUUUAGUCAGGGGAUAUCAGUUCGGUGUGGAUGUGCAUCAAUAUACAUACAUGAAAUGCGCUGCAUGGCAACAGGAAGACUGACAUUGAUAAACCCUUGAUCUUUGCCACCCUUUUCAUAACACACAGGUCCUGUUGAAGCAUCUCACUGAAACGUAGAGCUGCUGAAGAGUAGAGCUCACCCCUGACCUGCAGCCAAUCGUGCUGUGUGAGAUGGCGCCCUCUUGUGGGGGGAAAGGGGUGCACGACCUUACUAUAGGAUCAGGUCAGAGAGGGGGGAGAAGAUGAAAAUAACCACCAAACUGUGACGAAAGAAAAAAAAAAUUAUGUAAAAAGCAGAGGAAAGGAGUAUAGGGGAACGCGGUUUACUAUAUCUGAGCCAGAGUAACCAUUUUUACAAACUGCCCAGGUAUUGGUGGAAAUCCCUCCUGUUAUGUUCCCAUCUCCCCUUCGUGCGUUUUUUGAUGAUAUCACUGAGAUUCCUGUUGUUGACUAUUAUGGUAAUAAAGAUUAUAGAUUCUAA